AUGUUACAUGGGUUUGGACUCCAUGAUUCGAGUAACACUUACAAGGUGGUGAUAGUGACUCCAUAUGCUAAAUUACAGAAUUUUGAGGUGAGAGUUCACAACAUGGUGAUACUUGUUGGAGAAAUGUUUUGCCAUGCCCUACUUUUCACACAUUGGGACCCACUGAUGGACAGUUUGCGAGUGGCUAUAUCAAGUGUGCCUUAUCUUCGGGUUUUGAAGGGUUGUUUGUGUCUUGCUCGUGAUUACAAGAGAACGCAUUUUGUUGUUUGGCUAAUGAAGGAGUUUGGAGUUGAAAAAUCUUGGACCCAAUUGCUAAAUGUAAGUUAUGAGCAUAUUAAAAUCGAAGAUCCUUAUAUGCAGCAAUGA